AUGACUGUGGUGAUCACGAUUCAUCAACCAAGCAGUCAGGUCUAUUCCCAAUGUGGCUACCCCUGCCCCGACUACUGCAACCCAUCAGAUCAUCUCAUUCGGACACUUUCUAUCAUCACCGGACAACGACAUUCUUCCCUGAGGACAAUAGCUAUGGAUGGUAAAGACGUCACAAGAGUAAAAGACGAGAAGGACAGAUCAUUCCUGAAAAUGCAAUACCCAGCUUCGUUGUGGGCCCAAACGAAGGCGCUAACAUGGAGAUCAUGGCUCACUGUUAUUAGAGAUCCAAUGUUGAUAAAUGUCAGACUCAUACAAACUGUGUUGCCAGAAUAUCUCAUCCUGCCAACAAUCUACAAUGUGAUCGUCUAUUGGAUGGCCGGUUAUUUCGCCGGCCGCCAUGCCACUGUUGCCACAGAAACGGAACUGAACUGUCGCGUUCAACAGUCCUCCGACCAUGAGUAUUACCCGUCCCAGUUUGCUGCAGCCACGGAGUAG